AUGUUAUCACCCAUAACCGCCCCUCCCAUCUCGAUAACACCAGAGGAACACACACAGAUAACUUCCUCUACACCCAGUUCGUUUGUUGACAUACCGCCUAUAUUGAGAUGGUACGAUGAAGAGGUGGAAGUACUCUUAUCGUCUAGGAAUGGAGGAUGGGAAGGAUGGGGGGAGGGCAAAGUGAAAGGCAAACUAUGGGUUAAUGAGAUAUCCGUAGCUUUCAUACCCUCUGAUCCGAAUAUCACCCCUGGCUUCAAUCUCCCCUUCCCCUCUUUGACCCUGCACGCAUUAACCCCUCAAUCACCUGAAUUACCUGCACAUUUGUAUUGCCAGGUGGACGAGUCGGAUGCGCCUGCUGCUGCCGCUGCCGCUGCCGGACCUUCUCAACCUCUUGGACAACAGAAUGGGAAUGGAGAUGCACAUAUGGAUCAGGAAGAGGAAGAUGAGGAUGAUGCGGAGGGGUAUGAAGGAGGUGAAGAAGAGGAGUUUACCGAGAUGAGGGAAAUAAGGAUAUUCCUAAAUCAGUCUAAACUGGAAUCGCUAUUCCAGGCUUUGUCAUUCUGUUCAGCGCUACACGAUAGUCUCUUGCCCAAUGGCGAACCAUCGUCCUUCUUCGGUUUUGGCGGUGACGAUGACGAUGAAGAUGAAGAUGAGGCAGAGGGAGAUGAGGGUCAAUGGGAAGAUGCUGAUGAAAGUGCAGGUGCAGAUGGAUCAGGAAGGGUGAGAUCAGAUUUUCACAGUGGUGGUGGACCUCAGGCUAGGUUCAGGCCUUAUUGA